UACGAGCGCAAAUUCCUUCUGUGGCACGAAUUUCCCAUUCUUGACCUCCCCGAUGAAAUCCUUGCCCUUAUCUUCCAUUUUGUCGUCCGGAGUGCCACUGGCGCCGACGAGAUCGACAAUCGCCGUCUCUACCUGACGUGGGUCUGCGGACGCUUCCGCGCGGUUUCCCUCUCCGACGCGACACUCUGGAGCUCGGUGUGGUUCCGCCAGAGCGUCCCAUGGGAGCGCUCGUUUAUCUACAUCCAACGUGCGGGAACGGCGGCGCUCGACAUCCGCAUUCAAGAGAGAAUCAGGUCGAAGGACAGCACCCACGAAAACCCUCCCAAGAACCCGCCGAUUACCGUCAUGCAAAUCAAGAACCUUCUCGAAGUACUCAAGCCGCGGGUCCGCCAGCUCCGGACCCUCAAGGUCUUUCUCGUGAAUAUUGAGGUAGUCGAGGCGUUCAUGGAUGGCUUUUCCAACUUAGCUGGUCCUCUCGCAGCGUUGGAGAAUAUCACGAUUCACCGGAGCGGUCAGCCGUUCCUGUGGCCAAAGGAGAAGUGUGCGGGCGCGGGUGGCCAUCUGGCUUUCAGCACGCAUCCAAUUCCGAAGCUCCGCAUUCUCUGGCUGUACGGCGUCACUACCAACUGGAACGCGGUACCGUUUUCCAACUUGAGCAUGAUCAUCCUACGCAGGAUCGCUUUCGAGGGGUGCCCCACCUCUGACCGCUGGAUGGAGAUGCUCCGGGCGUCCCCCCGCCUGCUCAAGCUCGAGCUCGACGGGGCCGGCCCCCAGUUCGACCCGAAGAGCCAGCGCCUCGGGCACACCCGCCCGGUCGACCUCCCGGCUUUGCGCGACCUGACAAUCGGCAACAUGAGCUGCCAUGAAGUGAUGCACGUCCUCGGACAAAUCAAUGCGGAGCACGUCAGGAUCCUCGUGCUGGUGUCCCUCACCACGCAUGACUACGGACACCUAAUUGGGAUGUUGGGAGGGCGGUUCCGGGAGGUGCGCCUACUGAAGCUGCACGGCCUGGAGAUAGCGAAGACAGACCUGAACACGGAGCGCACGGUGCGCUGGUUCGAGUCGAUGCCACGCCUGAAGGUGUUCGCGUUCUGGCGGACGAGUCCGCAUGUGCUCAACGCGCUGCUUGCGGAUCCGCGCGACUACCGCGCGUCGGGCGAGCAGGACAAGCGGCCAGCGGCCGGCGGGGGGGACAAGCGGCCCGUCCUCUGCCCCGAGCUCGAGACGGUGCGCUUCUACGCGCAGGCACAGAAGGACGUGCACAUCUUGGCGAAGGGCCGCAAGGACCUGGGGGUGAUGCUGAAGCGGGCGUACACAUCCGCUGAGUCGGGUAUCACGCAGGAGGAGGCCACACGGCUCCGCGAGAGCGUUGGGCAGCUGCUUGAGGCCUCGCAAAGGAUGAUAGUGACUCCAGAUGAGGAAAGCGUCUACCGCGAGAGAGUCGGUAAGUCAUGCGUUGCGACGGAGAAGGCAGCCUGA